AGCCGGCUCUCGGGGCCCAACCCCACACCCACCACCAUCACACACCACCGGGACCCCAAAGGGGACUCAGCCUGGCCUCUCAGCCCAGUGCGAGGACCAUGGGAUCCAGAGCAGAAGGGAGCCCCCCGGCCGCGUUUGAUUGGUUUUUCGAGGCGGCUUGCCCUGCCUCCUUGCAGUCGGACCCCCUCAUCCUGCGGCAGUUCCCCCCGGAUUUCAGGGACCAGGAAGCCAUGCAGAUGGUGCCCAAAUUCUGCUUCCCUUUCGAUGUGGAGAGGGAGCCCCCCAGCCCCGCCGCUCAGCACUUCACCUUCGCCCUGACCGACCUGGCCGGCAAUCGCAGGUUUGGCUUCUGCCGCCUUCGGGCUGGAGCCCAGAGUUGCCUGUGCAUCCUCAGCCACCUGCCUUGGUUCGAAGUAUUCUACAAGCUACUGAACACAGUGGGGGACCUCCUAGCCCAGGACCAAGUGUCCGAAGCUGAAGACUUUCUUCAGAACAUGCAACAGCAAACCCUGCCUGGAAACCGGGGCUCCGCAGGUUUGGGCCUGGGUGACGGAGUGCAGGUCCUGCCCCCUGCCCCCGGGACGAGCAGACCGCUCUCCUGUUUUGUGGCCCCGAAUGCGGACCGCCUGCCCUCCAUCCCUGAAAAUCGGAACCUGACAGAGCUGGUGGUGGCCGUGAGAGAUGAGAACAUCCUGGGGCUGUUUGCCGCGCUGCUAGCUGAGCGGAGAGUUCUGCUAGUCUCCAGCAAGCUUAGUACGCUGACUUCGUGCGUCCACGCGUCCUGUGCACUCCUGUACCCCAUGCGCUGGGAGCACGUACUCAUCCCUACACUGCCCCCACACCUGCUGGACUAUUGCAGUGCACCCAUGCCUUACCUCAUCGGGGUGCACGCCAGCCUCAUGGAGAGGGUGCGGGACCGAGGCCUGGAGGACGUGGUGGUCAUGGAUGUGGACGCCAACACCUUGGAGACGCCCUUCGACGAUGUAGGGGCGCUGCCCCCAGACGUGGUGUCUCUACUGAGGCUGAGGCUACGCAAGGCUGCGCUGAGCCCCGGGGAGGUGGUGUCCCGACUGUUCCUCCACGCCCAGGCCCUUCUCUUUGGGGGAUACCGCGACGCGCUAGUCUGCAGUCCAGGCCAGCCCAUCACCUUCAGCGAGGAAGCCUUCCUGGGCCAGAAACCUGGGGGGCCCCUGCAGGCCUUCCACCGGCGGGCGGUGCACCUGCAGCUGUUCAAACAGUUCAUCGAGGGUCGAUUGGAGAAGCUCAAUAGUGGGGAGAGUUUCGGAGACCCCUUUGAAGAGCAGAUCACCUGCUGUGGAGCCUCCUCAGGCGGUAUCCGCUCCUACCAGCUCUGGGCCGACAGCCUCAAGAAGGGUGGUGGUGCGCUCCUGAACUCGGUCAAAACUAAAACGCAACCUGCUGUCAGGAAUAUGUACCGCUCGGCCAAGAGCAGCUUGAAGGGUAUGCAGCAUCUACUGUACAAGGAGUGGGACCCCAUCCUGCAGAGGGGCGGCUCCUUGAGGGUUCCAGCCCCUACCAGCCGCUCGGACCGCCUGCAGCAACGUCUACCCAUCACCCAGCACUUCGGACAGAACCGGCCCCCCCGCCCCAGCAAGAGGCACCGACCAGAGGAGCGGCCACCUGAGAUCUCAGGAGAAGGGACACCCUCCUCCUUGAGCGCCGAGGAGCAGCCAAGCCCCUGGGCGGACGACACCCUCGACAACAGCUUUUUGGGGUCCGGAGAAGAACUCGACUUGUUAACCGAGAUUCUAGGCAGCCUGAGUGUGGGAACCAACAGUACGGGCGGGCUGAGGCCGAGCCAAAGCUUAGACUGUUGUCACUGUUCGGAUCUGGAUGGUAACUUCAAUUUGCCUGACACACCAGCAAGCGGAAGAUGGGCGUCAGACCAUGGGGACCCGCCUCAGCCCCUGUCCCUGUCGGGGCACCUGUCACCACCGUCUGCAGAAGCCAUGUGCCCAUCAGGGAGCCCCUGCCCACAGCUGCCCAUGGAGACCCACCAGGACAUGACUCCUGCACCCCCCAGCAGCCAAGAGGACCCCAGACUCCCUGACCUCACAGAAUCCCUCAUCCUGCGUCUCUCCCCUCCCCAAGAAGCAGCUGAAGAUGGUGGAGCCUGGGCCGCUACAGUAACUCCCACCCAACCCGGCCCUGAGCUCCUGACCGCCGGGACCUCCGUCCAGCCUUGUGACCCUUCCUCAGAUCCCGGCUACCGAGACAAUCCCAGAGCUCCGCUUCCCAAGCUGCCGCUGGAACCUGCCCAACCCCAGCACCCACCUCCAGAGCUCAGGGUGGCCCCCCCCGCCGCUGCAGCCCCCACCAAAAGCAGGCAGGAACCCCAAGUGAGGAGCCAGUCCCGCGUGGCUGACCUCAAAAAGUGUUUUGAAAGCUGAGAAUCCAAUAAAGCUAUCCGAACCCAAA